GCACACAUACACACACACCUGCUCGAUCGCAUGAGGCUAAAACCCACGAUCCGAACCGAUCCGCGUCUAUUCCCGUGCAUUUCCAGGCCCCAAAGUCCCCGCUAAAUGGCAACACACCUGCUCAGAAAUGGCGCUACCUGUUGGCUGCUCAGGAACUGCAUUUCCCGCCAGGCGACAUUGAGACGCUGCCUGCAUGUGACUCCCAGUCUGGACAAGACGGUCUCCUUCCACCUCAGCGACAUUGGCGAGGGCAUCCGCGAGGUGACCGUAAAGGAGUGGUUCGUGAAAGUAGGCGACACUGUGGAGCAGUUCGACAACCUCUGCGAGGUGCAAUCGGACAAGGCAUCGGUGACGAUCACUAGUCGCUACGAUGGCAAGAUCACCAAGAUCCACCACAGCAUCGAUGAGAUCGCAUUGGUAGGCAAGCCUCUGGUGGAUUUCGAUGUGCUGGACGAGGAAGGCGAUGACGCGGAUGACUCCUCUUCGUCCUCCACAUCCUCUGAGAGUUCUGCCAGCGAAACGGAGCAGUCGCAAGCAACGGGAGCAGCUGCCACUUCCACUGGCGGUCGUAUGAUCACACCCGCCACGCCCUCCGUUCGUCGCCUGGCCAAGGAGCAUCAGUUGGAUCUGGCCAAGGUACCGGCAACGGGCAAGCAUGGUCGUGUGCUCAAGGGCGAUAUACUGGAGUUCCUGGGACAGGUACCACCGGGCACAAAUGUGCCACAUCCCACGCUGGUAACCAAGAAACCAGGUGCUAGUGCUGCAGCUGCAACUGCUCCUGCUGUUUCUGCACCCGCCGAUCGGGUGGAGGUGCUCAAGGGAGUGCGCAAAGCCAUGCUCAAAUCGAUGACGGAAUCCCUGAAAAUUCCGCACUUUGCGUACAGCGACGAGAUCGAUAUGUCCCAGCUGGUGAAAUUCCGCAGCCAACUGCAGGCGGUGGCCCAGGAGAAGGGAGUGCCCAAGCUUACCUUCAUGCCGUUUUGCAUCAAGGCCGCCAGCAUUGCCCUGUCCAAGUAUCCAAUUGUUAAUAGCUCACUGGACUUGGCCAGCGAGUCUCUGAUCUUCAGGGGAGCCCACAAUAUUAGCGUGGCCAUUGAUACACCGCAGGGUCUGGUGGUGCCGAACAUCAAGAACUGCCAGGCAAAGACCAUCAUCGAGAUAGCCAAGGAUCUAAACGCACUCGUGGAGCGCGGACGCACUGGCUCCCUGAGCCCAGCGGACUUUGCCGAUGGCACCUUCUCGCUCUCCAACAUCGGAGUUAUUGGCGGUACCUACACACACCCCUGCAUUAUGGCGCCUCAGGUGGCUAUUGGAGCAAUGGGAAGGACCAAGGCGGUGCCGCGUUUCAACGACAAGGACGAGGUGGUCAAGGCUUAUGUGAUGAGCGUGAGUUGGUCCGCCGACCAUCGCGUCAUCGAUGGCGUGACCAUGGCCAGUUUCUCGAACGUCUGGAAGCAGUAUCUGGAGCAGCCUGCUCUAUUCCUGCUGCACUAACUCCAGUGCUCCAACUCCAACUCCCACGCAUAAGGCUGUACACUGUACUGUACCCCAUGCAUUUAUCUAGACACAUAACUAAUUUUGUAAAUUGUACGUCAAUCCGUUUUGCUCUGGAGCAUGUGCCAUGUGCCGCCGCCCAUCCCCGAAACGUGCAUUUAUAGGAGGCACGCUGCUCUGAGCGGCUCCUCGAUUACUUUAAGCUCCUGGCGCACAUGGCUGGCUUCCUUAUAUUUUUUUUGUUAACCCCUGCAUUUAUACCGCAUAUCACUUCUUUGUAGUUUGUUAAGCAGCAGCUUUAGCGUACAGUUCAACUGUAGUGUGUGCAUUUAUUUUAAAGCUUUGUUUUAAUGGCUGUCCAAUAAAUAUCCAAAACGGUUUAUGUAAAGCA